AUGGGAGAUCCUGUUGAUCCAAAUCAUAUAGUUGCGCCUUCUAAGUUGUUAACAUAUGUGUAUAGACUCAAGGGUAGGAAAGAGCUUCCUAAAACCUCCGUGGAUCUUUCUUCUCUGCCGAAUCCUACUUUGAAAGAUGGAAAACCUUCUAUUGAGAUUCCUAAUGAGUUAUAUCUGGAAGGAUGUGCGUUAUGGAAGUUUAGUCUUAUUGGAAGGUUAGACUUCAAAGAACUUAACUUUUCUGACGUUAAAAAAAACCUAGAACUUCAAUGGCAGCUGGGUGAAGGCCGGGUUCCCUUUGUUUCGUUGAAUAGAGGUUUCUUCAUCAUCAAGUUAUUGUCGCAGGAGGAUAAAGUGAAGAUUUUACAGGAUGAACAAUGGGUUGUUGCUCAACAGAAACUAAAUCUCAUGGAAUGGUUUCCUAGUUUUGAUGCUGACAAACAAAGAUCUUCACGUUCCACAGUUUGGGUCAAGUUUCCUGGGCUUCCAAUGGAAUUCUGGAUUGAAAAAACUUUACUUGCAAUGGGGAAAACUCUAGGAUCUCUUAUUGUGGUUGAUAAAAGAACGUUGGCACAUGAGUAUGGACACUUUGCUUCGGUCCUCAUUGAUAUUGAUUUUGCUGAGCUCAAAUCUGUUGAUAUUAAUGUCACUGUGGGAGAACGUGAGUUUUGUCAACCUUUUGAAAUCCUUAAAAGACCUAAAUUCUGUUCUAAGUGCAGCAUUAUUGGGCAUUCAGAUGGUGAAUGUAGGAAGAAAACAAGAGGUGAAGCUGUCAAAGAUCCGCAAGUUGCUGCUGACUCGCAACAGGCUAUUGUGUUAGUUAACAAGCAACAACAUCAUCAGAACAAUGCUGGUACGGAAUGGAAAGAACCUAGGAGAAAGAAAAAGGGAAAGACUGCUCCGUCUGUUCCUUUGUGCCCUGAAAAGAUUUCUCACGUUGGUGAAGGUACUUCAAAUAAUGUGGCUGAUAAUGUUUUGUGCAUCAGUGACACUGUUGAGUUGGAACAACAGUUGCAGGAUAGUUUAGGUCAAUCUGAAGUUGUUUUGCGUAUGGCAUCUACUGAGGUUGAAAAACACAAGCAAGCCAUUCUUACGCAUUCAAUAUUAGCUAGUAAAGCUAGGUCGUUGAGUACCUCAAGCUUGAAUGCUAAGGCAGGUGGAAUGUUGAAUUGGCAAGAACUAAACUUCCUCCUCCUUCUAGGAUUGAUAUUACAUCCUCGUCCACACCUUUGUGUAAUGCGCUUGAAGAAACUUCAGAAUUUGUCUCUAACAACAAGUUUAACAUCCUAA